UAACAUAUUUUUAAAUGGAGCAAAAUAGCAAUACAGUCAAGGGAGAAGCACCUCUUGCUUGCACAGAUUUACUAAUGCUGAUAGCUGUAUCAGUUAUGUAUGGGAUUGGCAAAGAUGAAACCUGUGGAAUCAACGCUGACGGACUUGUGCUCGCUUACAUUAUUCUUAAGUCCUGCUUCAUCUUUUUGAGAAUUAUACUGUGCUGUGGAGUCAUCUUCUUGAAAAAAGCAGGAUUGAUCAUUUACUUGGCUUGGAUCUUUAUUUGGGUCAUAGGAAUCAUCGUGUUCUACAUAAUAGUUUUGGUCAACUUCUUCGAUUCAGAUAAUAAUUGCAAAGGCCCAGCUACGAACAUCUGGGUGGCCUUGCUGCUUGUGACAAUAGAAGCAAUUGCUGCAUUGAGUAUACUGGCGAUUCUCCUCUGUUGACUUUCUUUCCUCGUUCCUAUAAUCAUCUGCCUUUCUGUUGCAAAAAAGAAUUAGGUACGAAUUAAGGAUCUUAGAUGUAAAAACAUUA